GUGACCAUGCAGAAUGCAGUUCAGGUGUGGUUUGGAGAUGACCUUCCUUUAAGUCCUCGAAGUCCUCUGACUCCCAGACACGGCCCAGGUCUGGCAGAUGUGUGCCUGUAUGACCAGUGGAUAUCUGUGCGGCAUGAAGCAACUUUGGUGCCUAUGCAAGAGGACCUGUCAAUCUGGCUGUCUAGCUUGCUGGGAAUAGAAGUCACAGCAGAGCAACUGCUGGAAGAACUUGAUAAUGGAGUAUUACUCUGCCAAUUGAUUGGUGUUCUUCAAAACACAAUUAAAAAAUCAUGUAGCUCAAAUAAUUUAAGGAAUUUUCCAAUGAGAAAAGUUCCAUGUAAGAAGGAUGCUCCAUCAGGAUCUUUUUUUGCCAGAGAUAACACAGCCAACUUUCUUAACUGGUGUAGGGCCAUUGGAGUUGAUGAGACUUACCUCUUUGAAUCUGAAGGUUUAGUUUUGCACAAGGAUCCAAGACAAGUGUAUCUCUGUUUGUUGGAAAUUGGACGCAUUGUAUCCAGAUAUGGAGUUGAACCUCCUGUGCUCGUAAAACUGGAGAAGGAAAUUGAGCUAGAAGAAACACUGCUAAGAACCUCUGGACCAGCAUCACCUGUUGACACAGCAAAGUCAUGUUGUCACCAUGGGGAGCUACACGAGGCUGUUAAACACAUAGCAGAAGAUCCACCUUGCAGCUGCUCCCAUCGAUUUUCCAUUGAAUACUUAUCUGAGGGACGUUACAGACUGGGAGAUAAAAUAUUAUUCAUACGAAUGCUACAUGGGAAACACGUGAUGGUCCGUGUUGGUGGAGGAUGGGACACACUACAAGGCUUUCUGCUUAAGUAUGAUCCCUGCCGAGUGCUUCAGUUUGCAACUCUGGAGCAAAAAAUCUUGGCAUUUCAGAAGGGGGUCACCAGUGACAGUAUCUCCAGCUCACCAGCCAGAAUUCAGGAACCUCCUGUCAUGAACCCAAUGUCAGCUGUCAAUAUGUUUCAAAAGCAGCCAGCAAACCUCCCUACUCCUGUUCCAGCCCUAAAAGCUCUCCAUGGGACGACAGCUAAGAAGCCUUUAUCUAAACAUCCUCAGUCUCCUGCCCUGACUUCACCAAAGGUGCCAGUGCACACAUCCUCUGCUGCCAAGUUGUUGUCAGCCAGACCCAAACUAACAGAUGCUCAGUCUCCUUUCAAACCAUUGAUAGGCACCUCAAAGAAACUGGCAUCUCCUGCACACCACUCGCCAGCUCCUGUUCCUUCGCUGCCUGCAAGCAAGAGUUCUUCAUCUACUAGAUCAAGAGCAGCUCUUGUUCACUCUGAAACAUUACGCAAACGUAUUCGCUCUCCUGAUGCUCCAAAGGUGAAGUUUGCCCCAGCCCAAGGCUCCCCAGCAACAGGGAUGCAUUCUGCGCUCUCAGCAUCUAAGAAACAGUUGUCUCAGUUGCCGGCAACAGCUGAAACAUUAGCUUCAAAACAAAAGUGUGUCCCCUCUAAAUCUAAACCUGUAUCUGUCACUAAAACCAAGGUAAAUUCUGUUGCUCCGAGGCCAGCCCGGCCACCUGUUAGCAAUCUGCAUGCUGUUGCCAAGUUUGCACAUUCCCAGCAGCUCUAUGUGAAAUCUCCUUCUGAAAAUACUACUCAGGAAUCAGGAACUGGGUCUCGGCAUCCUCGGAAAGCUCCACAAACAGCUUCUGACCUGGCAAGUAACCUGAAGACUGCUUCAAUCCUAAAGCACUCAGCUUCUGUACCUUCCCUGGCAGUUAGUAAAGCAUUGAAGUCACCACCUACGUUGGGAUCUACGAGGAAAAAUCUAAUAGCAUCUGUCAAUAAGACACCAACUACAGAGCAUCUACAGACCCAAAAUGUCAAUAAAACCCCUGAGGUUGGACCCUCCUCAUCCAAAACUCCUGAACGCACUCCGCUCUCUGUUGUGCGGCUUCCUCAAACUUCAGCCAAAGUGGCAGUGACCAAAAAAGCAGUGCAGCCCUCCACAAAAACUCAGCCUUCAAGCAGAGACUUGCAAGCCAAUGGAAACUUGGUCCCAGCAGCCAAGAAACCUCUCUCUAAAGGAAAAUCAGCAACAGCUUGUAACAAAGGAACACCUAGUGCAUCAAAAGGGCCUCUUCUGAAGAGCAAACAAGAUGAUCAUUAUUUUGUUAUGACUGGGAGUAAAAAGCCCAGAAAGUAAACCUAUCUGUUAACUUUUCUGUGGAAGUCCCUGUAACGUUCAAAUGGGCCUCUGAAAAUUGCUAUGCGAAGGAGAAAAAUAUGUUAACUAACACUACAUGUGCCAUGCCAAAUAUUAGGCAUAAUUACAUUUUGCUGCAUAACUUACAGUAAUAACUGUAUUUAUUUUGCAGUUUUAAAACUUUUUUUAGAUAUAUUUACAAGUAAGCUUGCUUGCACUGUGGAAUAGAGGAUAACUGUUUGCUGCUAGCCUGACCUGCUGUUGGGAAAGGCAGGAGAGAGGAAGGGGAGCUGGGAAUGCUGCUGCUGUUUGUUCUCCAGGGAGUUAAGCUGAGCAAUUCUGGUUGUUCUAAGCACGUCUGCAUCAAGGCCUGUGGCAAGCGAUAGAGCGGUGCAGAUGCUAUAAAACUUCUAAUACCUCAAACAAAAUUGUUGAGGGUUUUUUCCCCUUUUUUUUUUUUUUUGCUUAAUAAU